CUCUCUCUCCUUCCUCUCUCCGUUUAGCAAUGGAGAAUCGGUGUCGCCCUUCUUCCUUCUUCGGCGAUCUGCGUUCCAGAGAGUUAAAUGGCCUAAGAGUUCGUAAAAGGUCGCAUCUCGGGGACCUUUCGUCGGAUGCCAGCGGAGCUGGCGCAGGAGUGCUCGCCAUCGAGCACGAUGGCGAGCCCUCGCCUCCCACAGCCGUCUCCUUCUGCAAGAGUAGUAGAAAUCCCCACCUCCUUGCGGUGUCUGAUGAAGAAGGAUACAUCAGCUUCUAUGACACGCGCCGCAGCUUGCCGUCCUAUUCAUCUUGCUGGGAAGGAGCAGGACAAGCUAGGGUUUGCAAUUGGAUUGCACAUAGCAAUGCUAUAUUUGACAUAUGCUGGAACAAGGAAGAUAAUCAGAUUUUAACUGCUUCAGGUGAUCAACAUAUCAAGAUUUGGAAUGCUGAAAAGAGAACAUGCACUGGGAGCUUGGCAGGGCAUACAGGCAGCGUUAAAACAGUUUGCUCUCACUCAUCAAAUCCUGACCUUGUUGUUUCUGGUUCAAGAGAUGGAUCUUUUGCUCUUUGGGAUCUAAGAUGCAGUUUUAGUUCCACAAAUCGCUUUGGGGAAACAUGUUUAUCGCCUAUUUCGCUUGUCAAUGAUGCCCAUGCACUCACCCAAAGAAAGAGGGGUCGGCGAGGAAAGGCUGAUUCUAAGAGCAUCACUUCAGUUCUUUAUCUCAAAGAUGGGAUUUCCAUUGCCACAGCUGGAGCAGUAAACAGUGUUGUGAAGUUCUGGGAUACACGCAAUCUGAAAACAUCUAUAAUUCAAACAUGCCCUGCUGCUGAGCCAUCAACAAAAUCAGAAAAGAUUCAACAUGGAAUUACUAGCCUUUCGCAAGAUUCCUAUGGUGUUUCUCUUGCAGCUUCCUGCAGGGAUAACAGGAUUUAUCUAUAUGAUGUGCUGAAACUUGAUAGAGGUCCCAUAAAGAUUUUUUCUGGAAGUAAAAUUGGGUCAUUCUUCGUGAAGUCUGUUAUUAGCCUUGAUGGUGCUCACAUUCUUGGGGGUUCCAGUGACGACAAUGCUUACAUAUGGCAGGUGAGGAGACCAGAAAGUGCACCAACUAUUCUGAAAGGUCAUCAAGGAGAAGUUACUUCUGUCGAUUGGUGCUCAUCCGAACUUGGAAAAGUAGUCACUUCUUCAGAUGACUUUAUGGUGCGUGUUUGGAAAAUGAAUAAGGAUGGUUGCUUAAAUACAAGAUCUCCAGCAGCAAUUAGGAAGCGGAUAAUUGCUCCUUCAGUUGAGCCCAGAAGGCUGAUAUUAGAUGAGCCUCCUACAUGUUCAGCUUCCAUGAAAGAUAAUUUCCAAGCUAUGGAAGCAACAGUACAUGAGCCAUCCUCGCCUGCUCAAUGCAAAGUUGUUGAGUUCAGAACACCUGAAUCAGGAAGAAAGAGAAGUUCUUCAUUUCUUAUGGAUGGAAAAGAGAUGCAGGAAAGUCUUGAAGCUAUUUCUGGUAGCCCUUCUUCUGUUUUGAGUCCUCCUCCCUCUACUAAAAGGAGAACUAUCCUGGACUAUUAUCAUUCUGUUUGAAAGGAGGCAUUUUUUUUCUCUCUCCACUGCUCUGUUAGGAGUCCUUGUACAGCAAGAAUAGUGCCACAGAUGGUAGAUUUGCCUUCAGGCUGUUUUGUUUUGUUACUUUAAUUAAAUGCCUGUUUGAUACAAGAGAUACAUCUACUCAGUUUUGACAAGAGAAUUGUUCUUAACGAUAAUUUUGGAAUAUGAUUUUUUUGGUGUAAACAUGUUCCUUUUUAA